ACGGCGGCGGCUGCGGCGCUGGCGGUGGCUGCGGCAGCGGCGGCAUUUUAGUCUGCGGCGGCGGCGGCUGCGGGGCUGCUGCUGCUCCUCCCAGCAUCCCUGGCGCGGCCAUUUCAGCCCCAUCUUGACUGAGGGGAGGGAGCUGCAGCCGCUGCUUCAGCAGUUUGAAUUUCAGUUUUUUCUCCGGGCUUGACGAAGCCGGCCGCGCCGAGGCGAAGCGGAAGACGCCGCCACCGGUCUCCUCCUCCUCCUCACGCCGCCGAGCGCCGCCGAGCGCCUCCGCCCGCCCGCCUGCCCGCCUGCCGUUCCCUCAGCCACCGCCGCCGCCCCUCACACGCCUGAGCCGCGAGGAGGCCGGGCCCCGCCGCCGCGGGUGGCUCCCUGAGGGAGACCAGACUGCCGGUCCUCCCCGCCCCCGAGCGGGCUUCCGCCGCCACCGCCGGCAUGGCCCCCGGGCUGCGCUCUGGCUAGAGCUGGGGACGGAGGGCUGCCCUCCCUCCCACCGCGGGACCUCCAGCCCCCGUCGGGAAGCGCCGCUCCCGGCCUCGCCGCUCCGCCUUCUUCGUCCGCGUCUCCUCGCGGGAGCAGCCGCGGGCCCCGGCCGGAGGGAGCCCGAGCGGGGCAGAACCGCCCCUCACGCCGCCGCCGCCACCGCCGCCGCCGCCGCCUCCUGCGCCCUGCGCUCCACCCCCAGCCGGGCCUGCUGACCGCGCCGAGCACCGGGCUGGACUGACCGCGGCGGCUGAGCCUGGCGAGCAGCCGGCCCGCCCCUGAAGCACGCUCGAGCGGUCCCCUGCCGGCUUGAAGCGAGGCGCCGCGGCCGCGGGGAGGUGAGACGGAAGGAGGAGGAUGUGGCGCUGAGAGGCCGUCGCCCAGAGCAGCCCGUGACUUGCGGCGCGGGCCGUAGACCCAGGCGCGAACUCGGACUUUGUCUUUGGGGGCCUCCGUGCUCGGCCCUUCUCGGUUUCCGGUGGGAUCCCAGAGGAGCUUCUGUCCUCCCAGCCUUCUCCACCAUGUCCAAGAUGCCGGCCAAGAAGAAGAGCUGCUUCCAGAUCACCAGUGUCACCACGGCGCAGGUGGCCACCAGCAUCACCGAGGACACCGAGAGCCUGGACGACCCGGACGAGUCGCGCACCGAGGACGUGUCCUCGGAGAUCUUCGACGUCUCUCGGGCCACCGAUUACGGCCCCGAGGAGGUGUGCGAGCGCAGCUCCUCCGAAGAGACGCUCAACAAUGUCGGGGAUACGGAAACUCCCGGGACCGUGUCCCCGAACCUCAUCCUGGAUGGGCAGCUGGCCGCCGCCUCAGCUGCGCCCGCCAACGGAGGCGGAGGCGGCGGCGUGUCGGCCCGGAGCGUGGCGGGGGCGCUCGCCCAGACCCUGGCGACGGCCACCACUCCGGUGUCCGCCCCGGGCCCGGGUAGUGCAACUCAUUCUCAGCCCCCCGCCACUUGUAGUUCCCGUUUCCGCGUGAUCAAGCUGGACCACGGGAGCGGAGAGCCGUACCGGCGCGGCCGAUGGACGUGUAUGGAAUACUACGAGAGGGAUUCGGAUAGUACCCGCUCCGGGGAUUGCAUCCGCCACAGCAAUACUUUGGAGCAGACUGCCGAGCGGGACAGCGGGCUGGGCGCCACCGGAGGGUCGGUGGUGGUGGUGGUGGCCUCCAUGCAGGGGGCGCACGGGCUGGACUCGGGAACUGACAGCUCCUUGACUGCUGUGUCACAGCUACCCCCGUCGGAGAAAAUGAGCCAGCCCACUCUCGCCCAGCCGCAGAGUUUCAGCGCUGGGCAGCCGCAGCCUCCGCCGCCCGUAGGUGGGGCUGUGGCUCCAAGUUCGGCACCGCUGCCGCCGUUCCCGGGAGCGGCGACCGGGCCGCAGCCCAUGCCGGCAGGAGCUCUGCCAACCCAGCUCCAGGGAGCCGUGGCCGGCGGCGCCCUCCCGGGGCCUGUUGGCCAGGCUCUGCCACCGACGAAUGUAAACCUGGCGCCGCCAGUGGGCCUGGCCGCCCAGCCGGGCCCGGCGGUGGGCUCCUCGCUGCCGCACCAUCCCCAGCAGUUCGGGUAUCCCCAGCCUCAGCUAGCACCCGGGCAUUUGGUGCCCGUGCAGCCCCCGGGCCAGAGCGAGUACCUGCAGCCGCACGUGGCCCUGCAGCCACCCAGCCCUGCGCAGCCCUUGUCCUCAAGCGCUAGCGCGACCUCGGCUUCUGCGGCCAGCUUUCCUUUGGGCUCUGGCCAGAGCGUCUCCUCCUUGGGUGUGCAGAUGAUGGGCGCCCCUUCCCAGCCCAGUGAAGCUCCAGGUCCGGUUCCUGGCGUCCAGGCCGCUCCUUGUCAGCCGGCGGGAGUGGCCCCAGCUGCUAUGGGAGGCGUGGUGCAGCCAGGCUCGGGGCUUCCCGGGGCUGGACAGCCCCAGUCCGUGCAGCCUCCCCCGCAGAUGGGGGGCAGUGGUCAGCUGUCAGCCGUGCCUGGUGGUCCUCACACCGUGGUGCCCGGAGUUCCAAACGUGCCUGCCGCGGUACCCGCUCCAAGCGUGCCUAGUGUGCCCACCACUUCUGUUACUAUGCCAAAUGUAUCCGCGCCUCUGGGCCAGUCUCAGCCGCUGAGCAGCCACGCGCCAGUCAGCCGGAGCAGCAGCGUCAUCCAACAAGUUGGGCCGCCCUUAGCGCAAGGCACCCACAGUGCACCAACGAGCCUACCACAGUCUGACCUAAGCCAGUUUCAGACUCAGACCCAGCCUUUAGUCGGGCAAGUUGACGAUACUAGAAGAAAAUCAGAACCCCUACCUCAACCACCACUUUCUCUCAUUGCUGAAAAUAAGCCUGUUGUGAAGCCUCCAGUUGCAGAUGCCCUGACAAACCCCCUUCAGUUAACACCUAUGAACAGUCUGGCCAGCUCUGUGUUCAACAUAGCUAUUCCUGUUGAUGGUGAUGAAGACAGGAAUCCUUCAACUGCUUUCUACCAAGCGUUCCAUUUGAACACGUUUCAGGAAUCAAAGAGCCUCUGGGAUAGUGCGUCUGGGGGCGGUGUUGUAGCCAUUGACAACAAAAUAGAACAAGCAAUGGAUCUGGUGAAAAGCCAUUUGAUGUAUGCAGUAAGAGAAGAAGUGGAAGUUCUAAAGGAGCAAAUAAAAGAAUUAGUGGAAAGAAACUCUUUACUUGAACGAGAAAAUGCACUGUUAAAAUCUCUUUCAAACAAUGAUCAGUUGUCUCAACUCCCAGCCCAACAGGCCAAUCCUGGUAGCACUUCUCAACAACAAGCAAUGAUAGCACAGCCUCCUCAGCCAACGCAACCUCCACAGCAGCCGAAUGUCUCCUCAGCAUAAAGCUUUCUUAAGCCUCAUUAAGGAAAAACUGAAAGCAAUCUUUCCUUGUGUGCCACUGGUGUUCUUUCCACUUUAUAGAAAGCAAGUAGCCAUUGCUUCGGCUGUGUGCUUGGCCUUUUCAGUAUUAGACAAUCGUUCUACAGGAGCUUUCCCUCUCUAAGAUGUCAUGCAGCACUGUUGAUGUCCACUUCUGUGUCAUCAGGACAUGAGGAGAAUGAUAGAUGGGGUUUAUUAAAGCAAGCAGAGUCUGCAUUCUACAUGUGCGCAUGAGUGGGAUCUUUAGAAGUUUCGGUGGCUCUCCCAUGUUCCUUAUCACCCGUGGGUUUACCGUGAGCCUUCCUGUCACAUUAUAAAUAACAGUUCAUCUAAAGAGCCACUUUUCUUUCAAUAUCAGUAACAUUUGCCUACGUAAGUUUUCAUUUAUUUUAUGUUUUAUUUAUUACAGGGCUGCUAUUUUCAUAAUGUACAUGAACAAUGUCACAGAACUUUUUUAAUUUUUUGGAUAAUUAUAAGUAUCAGUAAAGGAAUUGAAAGACAGGAUUACAUUUAAUAAAAUGUUUAGGCAAUAAUUGAACAAAAGAAUCCUGGCACAUUUCUAACACUAAUGGCAAUUUACCGUUGGUAUUUAUUUUCAAUAGUGAAGAUCCAGCUUGAAUGUAAAUUUUGUAUAGUGUAAGUAUGAAAAACACAGUGCACCUGUACAGGUAGUCACCAGUUAUUGUGAUAUAAUAAAUAAUUGGGCUAUUUUCAUGAAGAAAACUUUGUUCAUUUGUUUCUACUUUCUAAUAGAAAUUGCCAUGAUUCCUCUGCUUUUCAACAUUUCGUAUGACUUUUUUUUUUUUUUUUUGGGUGGGAAUAAAAAAGCUGUGAAAUUGUUCAACCUACUUUGUAACCAAAGAAGCAAAGCUGUGUAAUGGAGUUUUGUUUUGUUUUAUAAUGCACAUUCUUUAUGUAUUUUUAUUUAGUGUUUUCUUGGUCACAAUUUUCUUUGCUGUCUAGCAUGAUCUGCAUGGCCUGUAAUCUUUGAACCACUUUCGUACCUCAUGUUUUAUCCAGCACUCUUAUUGUACUGUGUACUAGUCUGUGAACAAUGUCAAAUAAAAAGAGCGAACAGGUCGUAUGGUGGAACUGAGCUAGCGUACAAUGCACCAGUUGUACAAAAACAAAAAUGAAGUGAGCCAUCUUUUGUUCAUUUAAAAUGGUGUUUUGAAUUUCAUAUGCAGAAAACGUUUUGUUACAUUGCAGAUUUUAAUGUAUUUAAUAAAUGCAACAUGCAGAUUAAGUGCAGUGUAUACUGAGUAUUUAAAUUAAAAUGUACAUUUCAUAAAUACAGUUUCAAGAGAAAGCAUCAUUUUGUGUAUACUAACACAUUAAGUGUAUGUCAGAAAUUGAUGUAAAAAUAUAUAUUUUAACACAUUUUCUGAAAUUAAACUGCAGUUUUGUUCAAAUAUUUGGCUCUAUAUGUGUUCAGAAUUUGACUAGAUUUGUAUUUUCACAGUUUAAAAUAAUUCCUUAAAUGAAAACCCAUGAUGUUAUUAAUGACAAUGAUAGUUCUUAAAUUUUCAAAGUAAAAUAAUUUAAAGAACACAAGAAUGGUGAGCAAUAUUUGUACUCAAUAUUCAUAUUAUGUUAACAAUAUAAAUAGGAAAUCCUCGUCUACCAAAACUUUUACUUGAAUUCAGAAAGGUGCCUGUAGAAAUUAACAUGUCCUGUAUGGGUAGCCCACUAAUUCAGUCUUAAUAAGAAACAGUAGUUAGGUCUCCAUGUUAGAAGAGGUUAAAUGUUCUUUAUCUAUUUGAGUCAUUCUAGCCUCAAAUGAAAGUCAUAAAAUCGAAACACAUGAAAUUACCAAAUACUUUAUAUUCUAGUGCUAUGGGAAAUAAUGCUCAGUAAGCAAAUUUUUCAUGUUAAUUAGUAACAUUAGAAAUACUUGAGAAAGAACUAGAUAAGUAUGUAGACUUGAGUAUGUACUAACAGAGUGAGAUUCUAAUCGAGCCACCAUGGGCACGAUAGGGUGUGAACCUGCUGUUGGAAUGUGAGCCCUUCCGGUGCCAACAGUGAGGUACCGCAUACAAAGAAGAGCUAGAAAAGGUUGCAGGAAGAGACAGAUAAAUGGCAGACUGCUGCCUAAGAAUGCACAAGGUCUCUGAUGCCUAGCACAGAAAAAGGAAGAAAUUUAGUGUGAUGUUUGUGAAGCUAAGAAGUGAGUUUUUAUUCUAGGGAUAGAAAAGCAUCUUAUAAACAAAAUGUGAUAGUAGUCACCAAGGAAAUGAUUAAUAUUUUAUGGUUUAAAAUGGCAACAACAGUUGCCAGUACUCCUAUUCUUUAAGGGGGGGAGGGGAAUCUUAGAAAAUAGUUAACAAAAAACAAAAUUGGUUCCAAAAGGCUUAAUCUCUAGUAAACUAAGAAAUGUAAUCAGUUGUGUCAUCUUUUAAAUAGCAGGAGUUAAUGUAGUUUGUAAGGUGGGCUUUCCUGUGUCCUCCAGGAUGAAAUUUGGCAAUGUCUUUUAAGAGCGUUAAUAUAAUAUGAAUAAGCUAGCUCAGUGGCAUGAUGCUUAACUCGAGGUGCAGUGUCCAAAAAAACGCAAGUGUGUGCCUGUCCUGUGUGUUCACUCCUUCCCUUAGAACUCAAAAGUUUUAUUGAUCACCUACUCUGCCCCCUACUUAAGAUUGUCAGUGAAGUUUACAUCUAAAUCUGUUCCCGUUUCCAUGAGGCACAUUGAACUCGAGUCAGGAACAAAAGGUGGGCAGGGUAUUGCACUUUUGUUAGGAAAUAAUUGAAUUUGAAUUUCUCCCUAAUUGGUUUGUUUAGGAUCUUCAUUUAGAGCUCUGUUGGGGUUAGAGUCUCCAAAUACAUAGAAUAUCAACUAGUUGAAAUUCCAGUGUAGGGGCAAGUCUUAGAGGAAUAUCAUCCACCUUUAGCUUUCCCAGUCUCAGCCUACAGAACAGGUGCUACUACAAAAACUGGAUGUUGGCUUAGUUUUCUGAUACGACGGUGCAUGUACAAUUGGAACCUAACUUUGCACAAAGAAAAUUAUUUUUAAGUAGUUUUGAUGUAAUCUUAAAAUGCAUCCAGCCAAGCACUCGUCUUUCUUAACUGUUAGAUGAAGCUGUUUGGCCCUGGUAACAGGUCCUUUAUGAUAGAUAUGUUUAAAUUCUCUUCAGAGAUUUCUGUUAAAGGGGAAAACCCUGUCCUCAGAAUUCACAACUGAGACUACACAAACCAACCAAUACAAUGAUUCGUGAAAUACAGUCAAGGAUGGAUUGCUUUGCUCAGGGCUUUCCUGAAAUGUGGCACCUGAGUCUUGAAGGUCCCAAGAGCCAAGAGGAAGAGGGGCAUUCCAAACGCAAGAAAAGCCUGGAGAAAGAUCCAAGAACAUAAACAGGGAUCCUAAAGAGCACAGGAUUUAUGGGAGAGACAAAUAAUUGCCCCGUCGAUGUUGGUAGUUUGAAACUAUUGACAAGCACAACUGCUUGGAUGGUGGCUAGUGGGAUGUGCUCAGUUCAGUCCAGUGGUAGAGUGGCUGAUGGGAACUGGAGACAGAUGAUUGAGAAAAUAUGACCCGGAAAAUGAGAGCAUUCCGUGGGCAAUUAUCCGACGUUUAUUGAAGCUGAAAAUUCCUCUACCCCUUUCCUAUGAAUAUUCCACUCCCAGUAUCCGCACUUUGUUCUCUUUUGUUUCUUUGAGGAAGCAACACCUCAGCCAAUACUUGAAAGUUUGUCAGUCUUAUGUCCAGGAGCCAUGCAUCUCUGCAAAACUAACAAUAUCUUUGCUUCCCAUUGAAGGAAUUGUGAGAAUUUGACAGAAAAGUGAGGCAGACAGGAAUUUGGUCACUCUGUGCCUCUGUAAAUUCAGCCCAGUGAUAAACAAUUAAAUACUCCGGUGAGUGGGAUCACCAUAAUUCUACAACCUCUUGCUCCCUGAAGAGGUAGUAUGAGUUCUGACUCUGAUGCCCACGUAAGGAUAGGUUUUCCUUAGCUUUGCCUUUCAUGCUCUACAUAGGUCAGACCCACAGCCUUCUCCCCCACACCCGGUUUUCCCGCCCCCUGCUGUAAGCCCCCUAGUAAUUCAUGUUUCUGUUUUCUAAUGCUAAUCACUUCUGGUGUUUACUUGCACCAGUUGGCAAGCUGACCUUCCAAGGUACAUCUCUGUCUCGUAUUCCCAUACCAGGUUACGAAUUUCUCCAUCUAAAUCUCUUCCAAUGCACGUCUUCGCUGGUUAAGUGAAGGAUGAUACAAGUGUGCCCUUUGUGGGCUAUCAUUGGUCGGCCAUGUUCAAAUGUAGAAAUUGCUUUUAAAAAGUACUAUAGAAAGCGAUGUAAAGUUCACAGACCUGUACUUUUUCUUUCCUCUGUUUUAUUGUCACAAAAAAAUACCGGCUGUCUUUUAGAAUUGGUGAUUGGUGAUGGCAAGAUAAGCAGUUAUUUCUCAUUGGCACAGUCCACUUGGACACUGAAUCUGUUCAACAUGAUUGGAUAGUGGGUGAGCUUUAGUUUUCUUAUCAGGGGAACUGAUAAAGUAGGCAGUUUGCAUGUUUUCUGACCACCUAGUGUCCUGGAUCCAGAGUCCCUGUGUUUACUGACCAGGACCUGCCCACAGAAGCCAUAAUGUUCCUCUGAAAGAAGGAAGGAAAGGAGGUGUGCUAACUUUAGAAAAAUGAUUGAAGUUUAAGACGAGCCAAAUGACCCCCUUCAGCUUCUCCAUAAUGAAAGUUGAGGUCACUUGUAGUUCUGACUGUUCGCAUGCUUUCAUUAUUUCUGUAGAACAAUUGCAAAGUGCUCUUGCCCACCACAAUCCAAAACGUCGUCCAGACCAGUUUCCACUCUUGCUUCAUUAGCAAUCCGUGCUUCUAGAGCUAAAUAAACCUGAAGAAGACAGCAGACGAGGGAGCAUCUCCCACACAUGGCAUAUACGAUACUAGGCCGGCGUCUAGUUCUAGCUCACUGAGAAAGAAAAUUUGCAAAUCUCUUGAUAAGAUAAACAUAUAUACAUUUGUCUUACAUAAACAAAUAUACACGCCGAAGUUUGGGGAAAUAAUGUGGGCUUUAUUUUUACUUUUAUUUCAUAGAAACGUUGGAAAGCAAUUUGGUUCUAUCUCAACUUAGGUGCUUAACCCUAUACUCAAUGUUGGAGAACAGAAAGCUGUUUAGGGGAUGAUCUGUGCCCCCCAAGAACUCAUCACCCAAUGAGAAAGUAGAAGCUGAGGUACCAUGUUGCUCUUCCAGAAUAAAUACAGUUUAUAGACCUCGUGUCCUUUGUUAGCUGAAAGGCUCUGUAAAUCAGUAAUUUGCUGUGUCUUGUGAAACCCUUUGCCAUUGCCAGGAGAUCCUAAGUCACCAAAAAGCUUUAGCAAAAAAAAAAAAUAAUAAUAAUAAUCCUGGAAGACGAGACCAGCAAAAGACUUUGCACACCUAUACUGAGCCUGGGAGUCACCCCUAAAAAGGAACUCAUCUGAGAGAGAAGUUUACAUGUUUUCAAUGCUCUCAGUUUGCAGACAAUGGGCCUAAUUUAACCUAAUGGCUGGAAUUUACAAGUCAUGAAUUAUAUUGUCUCUUGUCUCAUAAGUAACAUGCAUUUUUUUUGGCUGUCUUAACCAGCUGUCAUAACUCAGGUACCCGAUACCAAAAAUAAAUCUCUAAUAGAACAGAGAAUUCAGAGAUUAAAUACAAGGUUGUCUGUUAGGUAAAUGGUAAGCCUUACA